AAUGAUGGCUAACAAAGGUCCAAAAAUCAUAAAAAGCUAUUUCCUGUUCUCUGUUCUCUCUCUUAUCUUAUGUAAAAGGCAGAGAAAGAUGAGCAGAAGCUGCUGGUAUUCUUGUUUUUGGUGGCUCUUUUUCUUCUUCUUCUUCUUAUCACCUCAUGAUUCUAUUGCUCAAAACUUCACCACAGACCCUUCUGAAGUCAGGGCGUUGAAUUCGUUAUUCCAACAAUGGGAUACACAGGCGGUGGAACUGUGGAAUAUAAGUGGAGAGCCAUGCAGUGGAUCUGCUAUAAAUGGUACGGACAUUGAGGACGACCCUGCUAAUAACCCUGCCAUCAAAUGUGACUGUUCUUAUCAAAGUGGCACCAUUUGUCAUAUCACUCAAAUGAGGGUUUAUGCUUUGGACAAAACAGGAGUGAUUUCUGAAGAGAUUACAGCUUUCAAAUACCUAACCUUUUUGAAGCUCGACCAGAAUUACUUCACCGGUCCAUUGCCUCCAUUUAUUGGAAACUUAACUGAAUUACAGCAGCUAUCGAUUGGCAUUAAUGCAUUCUCGGGGACAAUCCCCAAGGAGAUUGCGAAUCUUAAAGAUCUCAAAUUGCUUGCGUUUGGAUCAAAUAAUUUUUCUGGAACACUCCCUCCAGAACUUGGUAACUUGGUCAAACUUGAGGAAAUUUACAUGGAUGCUGCUGGAGUUGGUGGUGAGAUUCCUUCCACAUUCGCCAACCUUAGUAACAUGCGAAUUGUGUGGGCAUCAGACAAUCAAUUCACGGGGAAGAUCCCUGACUUCAUUGGAAACUGGACAAAGCUAACGACUUUGAGAUUUCAAGGGAACUCUUUUGAUGGUCCAAUACCGUCCAGUUUUUCUCAGUUGACCUCAUUGAAUACUCUGAGAAUCAGUGAUAUUUACAAUGUGAGCUCUUCUGUUGAUUUCAUAAAAAAUUUGAAGAACUUGAAUGAUUUAGUGUUAAGAAAUGCAUUGAUAAAUGGUAGCAUUCCAUCUGAUAUUGGAGAAUACCUAAGUUUAAAAACACUGGAUCUAAGUUUCAAUAACCUAAUAGGCCAAAUCCCAAGUGCUUUGUUCAAUAUGAGUUCCCUCGAAAACUUAUAUCUUGGAAAUAAUAGUUUGAUCGGAAGUCUUCCUAGCCAAAAGAGUGAUAUACUUGAGAACAUAGAUUUGUCCUACAAUUACCUAUCAGGAAGUUUUCCAUCAUGGGUGUCCUCAAUAUCGCAACUGAACUUAGUGGCCAACAACUUCACGUUUGAUAGCUCAAACAUAUCAGUUCUUCCCGGACUGAAUUGCCUUCAGAGAAACUUUCCAUGCAAUAGAAAUAUCCCUCGCUAUGCAAACUUCUCAAUCAAAUGUGGGGGACCAGAGAUGAAAGGAAGCAAUGGCAUCACUUAUGAGGCUGAUAAUUCAACUACAGGCCCAGCAACAUUUUUUGUAUCCAGCACAGAGAAAUGGGGAAUGAGCAAUGUUGGAUACUUUGCUGAUAGAGAAAAUCAACUAUAUGUUGAGAGCACCCUAACACAAGUCUCUGGCUCCGAUGUGACCCCGGAGCUUUUCCAGACUGCAAGGAUGUCUCCAGGAUCUCUCAGAUACUAUGGUCUUGGUCUUCAGAAUGGACCUUACACCGUGACUCUACAAUUUGCAGAAACUGGUUUUGAAGAUCGAAGCUCACAAACUUGGAAAAGUCUAGGAAGGCGUGUGUUUGAUAUCUAUAUCCAGGGAAGUCUCAGAGAGAGGGACUUCGACAUAUCGAAGACAGCAGGAGGAGUAAAUAGGGUUACUGAGAGGAAAUUCAAUGUUACAGUGGCAGAGAACCAUCUUGCCAUUCAUCUUUUCUGGGCUGGUAAGGGGACCUGUUGCAUACCUCAACAAGGUUAUUAUGGUCCAUUAAUAUCAACUCUCCAUGCUGCUUCAGAUUUUACUCCUACUGUUUCUGGACUUCCACCAACUACUGAUAAGGGAGGGAAGAACAGAACAGGGUUGAUUGUUGGUAUUGCAGUCCCUGUUGGCGUUUUGGGCCUUAUGUUGGUAUCUGCACUAUUCUAUAUGAGGAGGAAAAAAGGCGAUGAUCUUGAGGAAGAGCUUUUUCACCUAGGCCCCCGACAAAACACUUUUAGUUAUGCUGAAUUAAAAGCUGCCACAGAAGACUUUAAUUCUUCCAAUAAGCUUGGAGAGGGUGGAUACGGUCCUGUUUACAAGGGUACACUUUCUGAUGGGAGGGUAGUAGCUGUAAAGCAACUUUCAGUAGCAUCACAUCAAGGGAAGAAUCAGUUCAUAAAUGAAAUUGACACCAUAUCUGCUGUACAACAUCGCAAUCUAGUGAAAUUGUAUGGAUGCUGCAUUGAAGGGAAUAGACGCAUCCUGGUUUAUGAAUAUCUUGAAAACAAAAGCGUUGAUCAGGCCAUUUUCGAAAAUAAAAUGCACCUUGACUGGUUUACUCGCUUCAAUAUAUGCCUGGGAACAGCAAGAGGACUUGCUUAUCUUCAUGAGGAAUCAAGGCCACGGAUUGUACAUAGAGAUGUCAAAGCUAGUAAUAUAUUGCUUGAUGCAGAACUUUGUCCUAAAAUAUCAGAUUUUGGUCUGGCAAAGCUCUAUGAUGACAAGAAAACCCAUAUCAGCACACGAGUUGCAGGGACAAUAGGAUAUUUAGCACCAGAAUAUGCGAUGCGUGGGCACCUGACAGAGAAGGCAGAUGUUUUUGGUUUUGGUGUUGUUGCUUUGGAGAUUCUCAGUGGGAGACCAAACUCCGACAACAGCUUAGACGACGAAAAGAUUUUUCUUCUUGAAUGGGCAUGGACCUUACAUGAAAAGAAACAGAGUUUGGGGCUGGUGGAUCCUAGAUUAACAGAGUUUGACGAAGAUGAAGCCACCAGAAUGAUCGGAGUGGCUUUGUUGUGCACUCAAGCAUCACCAUUGAUGCGACCGGCCAUGUCACGUGUGGUGGGAAUGCUUACUGGAGAUAUUGAAUUGGACACUAGUGAUAUAUCAAAGCCAAGUUAUUUGACAGAUUGGAAUUUUAAAGAUGUAACAAGGAGCUUGUCAGAGGAGGAGAAUUCUAGUCCAUUAAUUACAUCCAUGGAAAGUAAGGGCAAUGACAGAAUUCAACAUGAUAAUACAACUAGUUCAAACUCUGGUGUUGAUAUAUCACCUUCUUCUGUAAAUGUUACUGAAACAAUGUUGAGUGACAUUAUCAGAGAUGGAAGGUAAGUAGUGCAUUGUUCUUGCCGUAGAACCAUGGUUAUACCCUUGUGCCUCUCUUUUGAUCCUGGUGAGCUACUCUAAGUUCCAAUAAGUAGUGAGAUAUGCAUAGUAGAGUUAGAUUUUAUGAAACUAAGAAUUUAUAUAUAUUGUACUCUCUAUUGAUACUUGCUAUGUUUAUUGUGGAUUUGAUAAUGUAUCAUGUUUUUUAUUUUUUUGUUUUCCUCAAGAUGGUGGAGGUGUGUAUAUGUUUGGACUAUUGUAAUAGAUAUUGGGUUAAGACAUUUAGUUACUCCAAUAUCUAAUCUAAACUAAAAAUUUUGAUAUUAAAUUAUAAAUUUAGAUGA